UUGGUGAGGCCUCAGCUCCUGCCAGCCCACCGCUCUCCUCUCUCCCCUCGCCUUUCAGUGUCCGCUUUCCUCGGGGUCCUCAGUGACCCCCUUCUGUGCCACUGGGCCCUGGGCGCACCCCUGUGGUAGGUAGGCGCCCCUUCCCGGGCCGGCGGAGUGGGCAGUGGGCAGGGCGCCCGGACUGGGUGCUGCUCGUGUCGCCUCCUCCCGGGCUGCGACGACGCAAGACGGUCAGUGCAAAGUACAGGUCCAGGGGGUGAGCAGGUCCCUCCGCAGCCCUAGCGGGAUUUGGAAAACCUGAGAUGCUCAGGGUCGUAGAACACCACAAUGCGGUGCAGGAUCCGAAAUACAGCACUGCUGUACAGAAGUCCUCCCAGCCAGGGACCCAGCUUCCCAAGACCCAGAAUAGGAAAUCCUAAACAGAAGAGAAAGCUCUACUAGAGCCAUCAUGGCAGCGAGGCUCAAGCUGCACUGCCCCAACGGGAGAGGCUGCAUGGAGCCCGUCAGAUGGGUCCUGGCCGCCGCCAGAGUAGAGUUUGAUGAGGAUUUUCUGGAAAAGAAGGAAUUGCAGAAGCUACAGGAUGGUAACCACCUGCUCUCCCAACAAGUGCCCAUGGUUGAAAUCGAUGAUAAGUUGGUGCAGACCCGAAGCAUCCUCCACAACAUAGCUGAAAAGCACCAGCUCUUCAGCAGGGACUUCAAGGACAGAACCCUGAUUGACAUGUACGUGGAGGGGACGCUGGAUCUCUUGGAACUGCUUAUCAUGUAUCCUUUCUUAAAAUCAGAGGAUCAACAAAAGGAAGUGUUUCACAUGGGCCAGAAGGCUAUAAUUAGAUACUUCCUAGUGUUUGAAAAGGUUUUAAGGGGUCAUGGACAAAACUUUCUUGUUGGUAAUCAGCUGAGCCUUGCAGACGUGAUUCUACUCCAAACCAUUUUGGCUCUGGAAGAGAAAAUUCCUAAUGUCCUAUCUGCAUUUCCUUUCCUCCAGGAAUACACAGUGAAAUUAAGUAAUAUCCCUACAAUUAAGAGAUUUCUUGAACCUGGAAGCAAGAAGAAGCCUUCCCCUGAUGACUUCUAUGUGAGAACUGUCCACAACAUCUUUGUGCCAUGAAUAACAUGGCCAUCUGUCAAUGGAAGCUUGUCUCCCAGGUAGCUGUGUCCACAGUGGUGUCUUAAUGAUCCCAAUGCUGUUGUCCUGCUGUGUGUUCAGUUGGGUCGUAAAUUGGGUCUUUCCUCUCUAGGAAAUCCUCUCUUAAAAUUAUCACCCUAUUUUUUUCCAGUGAAUAACUGUAAUGGAACAAGUUUUAGCAAACAUUUUUGAGGAGGCUGGUAUCUGAGCUAGAUUGGGUGGGGUUCCUCGUUUCCUGUCGUCAGUCCACCUGAUUAUGAAGAUGGCCAGAUCUCCUCUUCUUUCCUGAGCACCUUUAUCCUCUCUUCAUAUCUAAACCCCUCCAGUCUCUUCCAAAUAUUUAGUGUCUAAUAACAGUGCACUGUAUAGUUAAUGACUCUCCUCUGACCUACAGAAAGUCAAGUGGUGGUAAUAAAUGCAUCCAGUAUUCGCCAAAAUAAAGAAUUUACCAAUUA